AUGGCGAGCAGAUACGGCGACGAGUGCCGCAGUCGCGGGCGGGACCGCAGCAGGGAGAGGGGCUACGGGGCAGGACGCGGCGGCGGCAGCGGAGGCGAUGGGGGCUACAGCCGCGAGCGCUCGGGCGGCCGUCGGGGCGAGCCGAGCGGCGGCGGCGCUGAGCACUUGGCGCGCAUCCACGGGACCGAAGAGGACCGCGUGAACUGUCCGUUCUACUUUAAGAUCGGCGCGUGCCGCCAUGGCGACCGGUGCUCGCGGCUGCACAACAAGCCCGUGUUCAGCCAGACGAUCCUCGUGAGCCACAUGUACCAGAACCCGAUCGCGCAGGUGAUUGCGCAGAACGGCGACCCGGCGUCGCUGGACCAGCGCCAAGUGGACGAAGAGUUUGAGGACUUUUACGAGGAGAUCUUUGAAGAGCUGUGCAAGUUUGGCAAGCUCGAGGAGCUCAAUAUCUGCGACAACUUGGGCGACCACCUCGUGGGCAACGUGUACGCCAAGUACGACGACGAGGAGCACGCGGCCGCGGCCCAAAAGGCGCUCUACGGCCGCUUUUACGCCGGCCGACCGCUCGUGUGCGAGUUUUCGCCCGUGACGGACUUUCGAGAAGCGCGCUGUCGCCAGUUUGACGAAGGCACGUGCAAUCGCGGGGGCUACUGCAACUUUAUGCACAUCAAGACGGUGCCACGGGCCAUGCAGCGCGAGCUGGAGAAGACGUUCAAUCGUGGCCGUCGGGAGAAGAGUCGGAGCAGAAGCAGGAGUCGCAGUGGCAGUCGGGGACGAGCACGGCGCGCACGCGGCCGGUCGCGCAGUGGAUCGCCCGAUCGGCAUCAAACUGACUUCGCACGACGCAAAGGCAGUCGUAGCCGCUCCCUGUCGCCAGGCAAGAAAGGCCGUCGUAGUCGCUCGCGCAGUUACAGCCCGCGGUCGCCUACGCGCGAGUCGAGUCGGGGGGCGGGAAAGAUGAACGACGGUCCCGUAGAGAAGCAUCGCUGA